GAACAAAUAAAUUUGAAUGCCUUUAAAGAUUAUGCUGAAGCUGUGUACAGUUUAAAUGUCCCAUUUAUGGUAUAUAAUUUGGAUCAGUUAUUUAAUCAAAUGCAUAUUUAUAAUGAUCAUAAUGAUCGCAAUGAUAGUAAUCCAUCGAUCUCACUCCAAUUAUCACCAAAUUUCAAAUAUUAUAUUAUGCAAUGUUUCAAGAAGAUGGAUACUGACAAUGAUGGAUUUAUAACUGUGGAAGAUGUGGAAAGGAUAUUAUUACCUGAAUGUAAUUCGAAACGACUUUUUAAAGAAGCUCAUUUUUUGCAUUCUUAA